AUGAAUAGCUCCAGCGCUUUUGUAUUUGUCGCUUUAGUAUUCACGGUGUACUUUAUUCGUAGGUUCUUUGGUUCUUUUAGCGCAAUGGCCUCUCCCGAAACUGUCCAGAAAGUUCAAGGCUACAUCAAGGACAACAAGAUCUUUGUUGCGUCCAAGACCUACUGUCCUUACUGCCAAGCUACCAUCAAGCUGUUGUUUGAGGACAAGAAAUUGAGCGAAGAGCAAGUCUUUUUGCUGCAGUUGGACACCAUGAAGGAAGGUGGUGAAAUCCAAGACGCCCUGCAGGAAAUCACCGGCCAAAGAAGCGUCCCCAACAUCUUUAUCGGCGGCAGCCACAUUGGCGGCAACAGUGACAUCCAGGCGUUGGAAUCCAGCGGCAAGCUAGACCCUCUAUUGAAGAAGGUGUUGGGCUAG